AUGAAAAUACUAUUAUAUUUGGUUGUAGUGAUGGUUUUUGGAUUGGUUAUGGUUACCAAUGUAAAAUCAGAGGAAGUUGUUUGGGCACAAUUGGUCAUUCCAGCUAGAGCAGAAUUAGGUGAAGGGUCAAUUUGGGAUAACCAAAGAAAAUUAUUAUAUUGGAUUGAUAUUGAUGGUCGUCAAUUCUAUGUAUAUAAUCCAUCAGUUGGAUCAAAUAGUAAUUUUAAAUUGAAUGAAAUCCCGGGAACUGUAGUACCAAGAUUAAAUGCUCAACCUGGAGAGGUAGUGAUUGCACUUCAAAGUGGUAUCUACUCGUACAACUAUAUUACACAGGAAAAGUAUCAAUUGGCCAAACCAGAGACAGUCUCUACCAACCGUAUGAACGACGGAAAGUGUGAUCCACGGGGACGUUUCUGGGUGGGUUCAAUGUCACUCAAGAAUGGUCAACCAAGAGAAGCAUCGCUCUACCGUAUCGACUCGAACAAGGCCUCGCAACGUGUACUGUCCAAUGUCGGUAUAUCCAACGGUGUCACUUGGUCGUUGGAUGGUCGUGUCAUGUACUAUAUCGACACGUCUGACAUGGGUGUCGACCGAUUCGACUAUGACGUCAACUCGGGAUCUGCUACCAACCGACGUCGUGUUAUCACCUUUACAGGCCAAUUUGGGUUCCCCGAUGGCAUGACCAUCGAUUCAGAGGGCAAGUUGUGGAUUGCCCACUAUGACGGCAGCAGAGUGACUCGUUGGGAUCCCAACAACGGCCAACUCUUGUUGACGGUCAUGGUGCCAGUGCGCAAGGUCACCAGCGUUGCAUUUGGUGGCGACGACCUCUCGACACUCUACAUCACGACUGCUCGUGCCGGUGAAGAGGCCAAAGGUGGAGGAGGUCUUUUCCAAGUCAAGUUCAACGGUCGUUUCAAAGGUGUUGAUUCUUAUUCAUUUGCAGGAUAA